AUGUUCCAAGGCCUUCGUAGCCUCUUAACCCAGGGCUGGCCUCCGAAGCCUACCUUUACUGAGAAGGAAUUGGGAGACCUCUCCGGAAAGGUUGUUAUUGUAACUGGUGGAUACUCUGGCGUGGGAUACCAGCUUGCAAAGAUCCUGUAUGCGAAAAACGCAGUCGUUUACAUCGCCGGUCGUCGUGAGGAUGCCGGCCAAGACGCAAUCAAAACGAUAAAGGCAGCUCAUUCCGAUUCCAAGGGGAGAUUGGAGUUCCUGCAGCUUGAUCUGGCUGAUCUAUCAUCCAUCAAGGCCAGCGCAGAUGCUUUCCUUACAAAAGAGACUCGGCUUGACAAUCUUUGGAACAAUGCAGGAAUCAUGCGACUGCCCAAGAAUUCACCCACCAAAUCGAAACAGGAUUAUGAAUUGAUGCUCGCUGUCAACUGUCUUGGUCCCUUCCUCUUCACAAAGUUGCUCCACCCCCUUCUUGAAUCAACAGCCAAAUCUUCACCAGUAGGAAGCGUUCGUGUGGUUUGGCUGGGAUCACUCAUGAUCCAACUCAUGGCGCCCAAGGGUGGCAUAGAUCUUGACAAUCUCGAUUAUAAGAAGAAGUUCCCAGACAUCAAUGUGAGAUACGCAGUUAGCAAGACGGGCAAUCUCUUCAUUUGCAGCGAAUGGGCCAAGCGAGAUGCUGAGAACGGAAUUUUCCACUUGGCUGCCAACCCCGGCAACCUCAAGACGCCUCUGCAGCGCGACAUGCCUGCAUGGGAAUAUUAUCCUAUUAUUCCGCUCCUUCACGACCCCAUCUAUGGUGCUUACACGGAAUUGUUCGCCGGCCUGUCCCCAGAUGUCAAGCCGGAGGAUAGUGGACGAUUUGUUAUUCCCUGGGGUCGAUUUGGCUCGACCCGUCCAGACAUUGACGAAAAUUUGGCUUCGAAACAAGGAGAAGAGCCUACGAAGGCAACGAAAUUCUUUGAGUAUUGUGAGAGCCAAACCAGCGCUUACGCGUAA